GCUCUUGCUCCUUUGCCUGUGUGCUGUGCGAGACUGAGUAACUGCUAGAUCCUUGGACUUCCAUUCACAGCUACUACUGAACCAUUGAUGGGAAUCCGGCUACAGACUUUUCAGCCAUGGCUUCAUUCCCAGUGAUGUCUUUUCUCAUCAGUCUGCUGUUACCAUCAAUGCUCACUGAAGGAAUGGUUCUGAAACAGACUCAAAAAGAAUCCACCAUAUCUGCUGAUCACGUGAUCCUCUUAAUUAGUUGUCAACAUACCUGGGAACAAACCCCUUGGGGUCUUCAUUCUUGUCAGUUCGACUUUAGAGUCGAUAGAGGAUGAAGAGCUUUGGCAAAGGUUAAGUCUUUUUCCUAUGAGAUAUAGGGGUAAGACUUUUUUGUGCGAGAUAUUUAGGGCUAAUGUAUAAUAAUAAAAGUUUACUUAUCUAAGUA